AAAAAUUUUCCAACACACACUCACAAAAUAUUUGGAAUAAUUUUAUUUUAAAGAAGCAUUUUAUGCUCACCAAUGCUGCAUUUAUUUGAUGAAAAUCAGUUAGUAAACAGAGUUAAAUGUGAAAUAUUAUUGCAAUUUAAAAUAACUUUUUUUCUAUGUGAAUAUAUAUUAAAAUCUAAUUUAUUAUUGUGAUGCAAAGCUGAAUUUUCAGCAUGAUUACUCCAGUCUUCAGUGUCACAUGAUCCUUCAGAAAUCAUUCAUGCCGAUGUGCUGCUCAAGAAACAUUUUUGUGCUGAUUAAAAUUUGUAACGUUAUAUGUUCAAAAGUUGUGUUGCAAUGUUUUUUUCUUCAAAUAAAUCAAUACUUUGUUCAACAAAUAAAUGAAUCAAAAGUGACAGUAAAGACAUAAUAUUAUGCAAAAUUCAAAUAAAUGCAGUUCUUAAAAAAAAAAAAAAAAUCUAAAAAAAAAAGCACAUUAGAAAGAUUUCUGAAUGAUCUAUUGUGAUUGGUUCAUAAUAUAAAUUAGCUAAAUAAUUUAGCCUAUAACCUAUACAGUAAAAUACAGCGUAAACCAGUUGGCAAACAAAGCAUAAUUACAGUCAAAAUAAAUUGAAACAAAAAGAAAACAAAUUUAACAAAGCGUAAACGCUGUAAAAAUAUCAACACCUUCUUUCCAAGUCCUUGUUGUUUAGAUAACUGUUGCAGAUCAGAUGAAAAGCUGUAGCGAGGCAGAGCUCAGUGCUUCGGCAAAGCGAAUCCUCCACUGAGUGACAGUAUCAGGGUGAUUUUUGGUGUUGUGGUGAUGUGAUUGCCUCAUCUGCCCUAGCGCUGAGAAAAGUAACAGAUAACACGUGACUACGCCGCUCGCAGCGUUUUAAUGAUUUGAGCCACGGUUUAGAAGCUCGUUUGUACCUGAAUAAGCACACUGAUAAAGCUAAACAGUCAUUUCACCGAAAUACGCAGUGUAUCAGAAAACGCCAGGGCACCUAAAAGCGCCGCCCAUCGCCACUGUACCCGCUACUACAGCUCCUAGCUGUUUGUCAGGAGCCGCGUCAGGAACGCUUUGUAAACUGAACGCCAAGCUGCGUUCACACAUGCGCAGAGAGGAAUGACAGUGCAGAACGGGCGUGGUUUGAAUCUAAUCUAAAAAUCCCAUACAAUAACAACAGCCAAACCGUUCCAAUAUCAACAACAAUCGUAAAUUACAAUAAACACUACGCGAGUGACAGCGGCGGACCGAGCAUGUCUGUACACGUUAACUUGGAGAGGAGUGUUUUGUGCGGUUUGAAGUCUGAGGCAGAAGAGGACAGCACAGAGAGCAUGGACAAUGACAGCAUGAUGAGAUCCAGAGGCCCCAGUCCCCUCAGUGACAGUAUGAUGUCUGAGGCGAAUGAUGAAGUUCUUAUUAAUGAAGUUACACAUGAAAUACCACAUGAUUCACACGAGGCAGAGAGUGUCAUUUCAACUGAGAUAUACGGAGCUGAUUUGCAAAGAACUCUGGGAGAGAUUCUUGCAUACUGUCAGGUUACAUAUGGAGCUAUUCUUAAACUUGACGAGAAGUUUGAGAUGCUCCAGGCAAAAGUAGCAAGCAUCCAGACCAGUCAUCAGAAUCCAGCUGUCCACUCUCAGAGGACAUAUUUGUCAUCCAGCUACAGAGAGAGCUGCCAGGGCAAGUCUGAAAGCUUCAUCAGUUCUGAGGCGUCUAUGCCCCACCUCGUUCAUAUUUCCUCUACAUCUCCUCUUCCAUCUGUGGAGAGCAGGAAACCUCCCACGCUCUCCCCCGGACCAGAGGUGCCCAGCCCUCCUCGACUUGUUAUCCAGAGCCAGUCCCACAUCUCGGUUAAGGCCACAGUGCCAAGCCACACAACACAAGAGUCUUUCAGCAGGAAUAAAAUGAGUCUAAUGCAGCAUCUUGAGAGAGCGAAGAGACCAGCUGAAGUAAGCUCAGAGAUCAGUGACGCAGCUUCAUCUGCAGAUCUGCUGAAGACCAGUUGUCUGGGCAGCUCUGACAGGAAGGUGUUCCUUUCAAACUGUAUCCUACAGAGGGCUGGUAAAAUGGCACGACCCAGUGCGGCCGUGCGGUACCUGUCAAGAAACAUCUUCACAGCGGAGGAACUCUCUCAAAGCAGCACCACUGGAAACACAAAGAGACGCCUAAAGAGACUCGACCCAAACAAGAUCAAUGCCAUCAGAGAGUGGGCAGUAAAAAGAUAUCCAAAAUUUGACCUUCGGGAGAAAGGCAAAGACUGGAAAAUGUGUCUAUCUGUAAUCAACUCAACGGCCCGCUACUAUCGGUUCAUGGACAAGACACGGAAGCUGAAGGUGAAGGAAAAGGCAAGACUUGAGAACACAACAGAAUCAGUACCUACAGCUGUUACAUGUACAGCAGCUGCAGAGAUUGAUGUUGAACUGUCUGACAGCGACACGGAGCAGAAACAGCCGGAAAUGCUGAUAAGCCACAUCACAGAAGAUAUUGACACGCCCACUGACUGGGAAUCCAACAGCGUGUAUCUUGGCCCCCCUCAUCGGGAUGUGAAGGUUCCUGAGUUUGCCUUAUCCGCAGCACAUCUGCGAACACGUCCUGAGCUCAUCGCUCGAUACCUCAUUAAGUUUAUUUUCCCAGAGGACGUGCUGGUACGCAGUAACGUGUAUGGUGGGGUCCGGCGCGGCAUUCAAGCUCUCGACCACAACAAGAUCUCUGCGCUCCGAGAGCACCUGUUGGAGCGUUUUCCCUGGAUGAAGCUGGAGGAAGAUGGAAGCGACUGGAAGGUUUGCGUUGGCGCAAUAAACAGUACCAUCCGCAAGUUUCGAUAUGAGCGCAAGAUGGGCAUAAAGAGAGGGAUACGCUAGCACUGAGUAUCCAAACAAAAACUGCCCAAUGACUUUUGUCAUUGUAGACAGUGACUUUUUGUUUUAAUAAAUGCUGUCUGUAGCAGUUUCUAGUUGUUUUUGUAGAAUGUGUGACUAGUGUUUAAUUUAUAAUUUAUACUGCUUCAUACUUUGAUAAUAUUUAUAAUUUUCAAUGGGAAGUCUGAAAAAACUUUAUUUGGCAAUAUAAAAUGUACAUUAAUAUAUAGAUGUUUAAACAAAAAUGGUUAAUAUAUGAAUUUAUUACAGAACAAAAGAAUUGUUAAUAUAUUACAUUCAAAACCCUUCUUU